GUUUUGUUUUCUUGAACCAGGUAACAAGUUAUAAAAGUACAUUUUAAAGAAAUGAUGGAAACUUCUGCCAACACUCUUGUGAAAGCUUACCAUAAGAAAGGUUCGGUAUGUUAUACGAGACCAGGUUAUCGUGAAGCACGAUGGGAACGCGCAGUUAAGGUUUACACAAUCAACCAGGAGUCUAAAUAUUUGUUAGUCGAAGGUGUACCAGCCGUGGGUGCUUCAAAAGAGCUGAUAGAAUUAUUUGCGUUAUAUGGAGAAGUUGAAGAGUAUCGUCUUCUUGAUGACUAUCCAGCUGAACAAUUUACGGAGGUGUAUUGGAUUAAGUACAGAAAAAUUCAAGCAGCUAGAUUCGGUAAACGAAAACUAGAUAAUCGUUCUUUUUUCGGCGGUCAGUUGCACGUGUGUUAUGCUCCCGAAUACGAAUCAGUUGACGACACACGAGAAAAACUCAACGAACGACGAAGGAUGGUUGCUCGAAAGUGCAGAGAAUAUUUCGGUACAACAUCUACGUCAAAACCACCUUCAGCUUCUAUAAGUACUUUUACAGUAUCGCCUACUUUUGUUGAUACAGAGACACACAAAGCUAGCAAUCCGAUACACCCUACCGUUUCAAAUAUAAAUCACACUAACUUUAUGCAGCAGAAUCUGCCAUUAUAUCUACAACCGCCUCCGCCACCACCAGCUAUAGACAAGUCAUUACCUCGAAUACCAUCUGCACACGCAACUUUGCCCGUGGAGAUCCAAAAUUUAUCAGCUUCGGAAGUUUACGGUAAUCAUGCAACACAAUCGCCAACACCUGCAGAUACCAAUCAAUCAGAACAUAGAAGUGAACAAAAAAAUGAUCCUGACAAUAGUGUUACCAAACGGCAAGAAAGCAAAAAACGCAUUGUUUGGAAUAAAAGAAACGCAGAUAGCGGAAGCAGCGUUUCCUAUUGCUAUACAAAGGAACCAGGAGCCUGGGAUCCGUUUAAAGAGGAGAGAAGAAAGAUCAAAAGUUUAACUCAAGAUGAAGACCUUGAUGCAACUGCUUCUGAUAUUCGAAGAAAACUUGGCCAGACUAAAGAACCAUCACAUAUAUUACUUGGCAAUAUAAAUGAGGAAGUUGCAUGUCCGUUACAAAAUAUUCAAUCCACUCACCACCACUACCAACAACAACAACAACAUGACCAAACACAACAACAUCAACAACAGCAACCUUCUGCUAAGAAACGUAAGAAUGAUGGUCGCAAAAGGAUAUAAUAUUAUUUUUAUAAUUAAAUAUUAUAUAGUUAUUUAAUAUAUAGUGUAAAUAGGUAUAAAUGCUUGAUGAAUUCUUUAUCAACAAAACAAAAACAAACGACAAAAAAAUCCACUCCUAACUUUAA